AAUCUGGUCUUGCUGCGCGUGCCAAUCCGUACCAGCGCUAAAAAAAAGAAAAACAACAGCCAACAAACGUCAAUAUAAAAUGUAAUAAACGUAAAAGUCAAGCAGCUUUCAAGUUUGGCAGCAAUUAAAAACACAAAACAAAAUUACAAAAAUAAAUAAAUAAAUAGCUAAAAAAGAGUAUAACAGAGAAACAUUGUAAUACUUGUACAACAAGAGUAAAAUUAAGUCAAAAGCUGCGGCAAAUCAACUUAAAGGAAACUCCAGCAACAAAACUGUGUUAGCAAGCUACUUAAAAAGCAAAACGUUACAAACCUAUUUACUUAACAACAAUUUUACAACAAAUACAUACGCCGGCGAGCAAUUAAAAAUUGUAAAAAUUUGUAUUGUGUACACAGAUUGUAGAAACAAAUCAAACAAACGCAAAAACACACAUAAUAAUCGACAAAGCCGCCAUGAAGAAGCUGUCAGUGAAUAUGUGUUCCCGCAACAUAAAGAUCUCGGUGGUGCUGUUUCUUGUCCUCGUUCCAAUUUUCACAGCUUUGCCACACAACCACAAUCUGUCGAAACGCAGCAAUUUCUUUGAUCUGGAGUGCAAGGGCAUCUUCAAUAAGACCAUGUUCUUCCGCCUGGAUCGCAUCUGUGAGGAUUGCUAUCAACUAUUCCGUGAGACGAGUAUACAUCGAUUAUGCAAACAAGACUGCUUCGGGUCGCCUUUCUUCAACGCCUGCAUCGAGGCCUUACAGUUGCAUGAGGACAUGGAAAAAUAUAAUGAAUGGCGCGACACUUUGGGCCGCAAAUGAGUUGGCAAUAAGGCAGUACAAGUAUUAAACGUAUAAUGCAUAUGCUUAAAACGACAUAUUUAUGAAAUCAAAUAAUCAAUGAAUGUAUAUGUAUGGCUAAAACCUAUAGCAAAUGGUACGAACGAUUAAAAAAACCUAACACGGCAAAACGGCAAACAAAAUAAUAUCACACGGGAACCAAGAAUAAAAUGUUAAAAAAAAAUUACCUAUGUGUACUACAAAAAAUUGUUUUUUUUUUCUUGACAAGCAUAUGGCGGUACACAGUCGCAUAACUAUAUCUUAUAACUAGCAUACAACCACACACGUCUAACAGUAUGACAGUUUUAUAUUAAUUUAAUAGAAAUGUACAAUUGUUUUUGAUAGUUUCUUUUAGUAUUAAAAUUAGUUAUGCUAACUUUUAGUUUUACUUUGCAAAAUGAUCGAAAUGUUAAUUUUCCAUACACACCCAAACACUGAGGUAUUAAAAGCAAAGUAAACGACAAAACGAACAAAAUCAAAUCAAACGUCUGAUGUAAAUAAACAACUUUUGCCUUUCUUUUAAAGAUUUCCAUACAUACUAUUUAAAGAUAUUUUGUAUAUUUUGUAUUGUUUAAGGUUAAGUUACAUUUUAAAGGCAACCUUUUACUUUCUAUCAGCGGUUAAUUGCUAAAAAUGCACACGAUAGCAGAAACAGAUAGGCCACAAACACACUACAUAUUAUAUGUAAGAAUUGGCGACCUAUACAACUAAAUACAUGCUUUACAAAAAAACGGCAUAGGCCUAUCUAAACAGCAUACUUUGAUAUAAUUUAUUAUUACACAUAACCUACAAUUAAAUUAAUUUUAAAUUGUUUGGAUCUAGUCGUAAAAUAUAAAUAAAACUGUAUAUUUCAAGAGA